GGGAGGGAGCGAGGGGAGCCGGCCCUGCCCCGCCGUUUGCAUAGCGGGCACCGCUUCCUCCCGCACCCCGAGCAUCCUCAUCCCGCACCGGCACGGCGGCGGCGGCGCGGCCGGUGAAGAUAAUUCAAAGAGACCAGAGAUGCCUUGGCCGAGCAGAAAGAGAGACAAGGGAGCAGUAGCAGAUAAAAAAGAGCCUGAUGCUAAAAUUGCCAAAACUGAGGAGGAGACUUCGGAUAAGGAGGAGGAAGAGAAGUCUGCAAAACCUCCAGCUGGGAGCUCCAAGUCAGGAUGGAAGAACUGGAAGAAGACAAAAGAAUCUGAGUCUGGUGGGGAGGAAAGCAAGAUCACAUAUUGUCACUGGCUGCUGAAAUCAGAACCGGAGAGCAGACUGGAGAAGGGGGUGGAUGUGAAAUUCAGCGUUGAUGACUUGAAAGCUCAGCCCAAUCAGACAACCUGCUGGGAUGGAGUGAGAAACUACCAGGCAAGGAAUUUCCUGAGAGCCAUGAAAAUUGGGCAGCAGGCUUUCUUCUACCACAGUAACUGUAAAGAGCCUGGCAUUGUGGCCAUUGUCAAGAUUGUAAAGGAGGCUUACCCUGAUCACACACAGUUUGAUCAGAAGGAUCCCCACUAUGAUUCCACCAGCAGAAAGGAGAACCCCAAAUGGUCUAUGGUGGACGUCCAGUUUGUGCGGAUGACGAAGCGGUUCAUCCCCCUCUCGGAGAUCAAGGCUCACCACCUGGCACACAAAGCAGAUGGGGGGCCCCUGAAGGACAUGAUGCUCUUCACAAGACAACGUCUUUCCAUCCAACCACUGACACAAGAGCAAUUUGAUUUUGUCUUGAGCCUGGAAGAGGAAAAGCCACAUUAAAGGAGCUGAGAGCAGCCCAGCUUCCCCCAAAGCCUGCUGAUGCUCCUCCUCAACCAGCACAGUUCUCAAGUUCACCUGCUCAGUCGCAGCCCCACCAACACGCCCGCACACGAUUCUCAGCCACACGUCCCUUACGCUGACACACUGUUAUUUUUUGCUUAUUUUUAAAUAAAUAAAGCCUUUUGGAAUCAA